CGCUCUUCGUUCAACCCCAGAACCCCAAGAAACUUAUUUUACAAUUUAUUUGUUUAAAUUAAUCUCGAAUUAUCAACCUCACACUCCCUGUUUCUUAGCUCCAAGCCGAAUCACACUGCUCCUCUCUCCCCUCAAUUUAAAUCAUCCUCGAAGGGGAAAAAUCCCACAACGGAUUCUCCGAAACUGAUGUGGUUUAGGGUUUGGUAUUUAGCGGGAGCUUAAGAUUCGGAUCGCUCCUUUUAUAAAUCGCACGCCCUCGGAUUCCUCUAAUUCCAAGGGGAAAGCAGAUUAGUUUUUCUUUACCUCCUGUUAUGAAUUUGGAAGUCAAUUGAGCGGCUCAUUUUUCAGUGCCAUGGAGUCAACCGCUUGCUUCCGCCGCUAUACUGGCGGUUUCUUGAGCAGUGUGUGGCUUAUUCUUCUUCUAGCAAUCUUCCUUCAGAAUUGCGGCACGGGCCUUUCGGAUUCAUCGUAUUUGAUUGGUCUUGGGAGCUAUGACAUAACGGGUCCUGCAGCUGAUGUCAAUAUGAUGGGAUAUGCUAAUAUGGAGCAGACUGCCUCUGGAGUGCACUUCAGGCUAAAGGCUCGUGCAUUUAUUGUAGCCGAGCCAGAGUCAGAGGGCAACCGCGUUGUGUUUGUGAACCUUGAUGCCUGCAUGGGAUCUCAGCUUGUUACAAUCAAGGUUCUAGAAAGACUGAAGUCUAGGUAUGGUGGUCUUUAUAAUGAUAAAAAUGUGGCUAUCAGUGGGAUCCACACUCAUGCUGGGCCUGGGGGUUACCUGCAAUAUGUUGUGUACAUUGUAACUUCUCUUGGAUUUGUGCGUCAAUCAUUUGAUGUCGUUGUUGACGGCAUUGAGAAAAGCAUUAUUCAAGCUCAUGAAAAUCUGCGCCCUGGAAAAUUAUUUGUGAACAAAGGGGACCUUCUAGAUGCUGGAGUAAAUAGGAGUCCCAGUGCAUAUCUAAAUAAUCCUGCUUCUGAGCGAAUCCAGUAUAAGUACAAUGUUGAUAAAGAAAUGACCCUGCUGAAGUUUGUAGACGAUGAGUGGGGUCCGGUUGGAAGCUUCAAUUGGUUUGCAACCCAUGGAACAUCCAUGAGCCGUACAAACUCCUUGAUAAGCGGGGACAACAAAGGAGCCGCUGCUCGUUUCAUGGAAGACUGGGCUGAACAAGAGGGCUUUCCAAAAGUAAUCGAAAAGAUACAGGCCGACGCUUUUGAGCCUCGAAGGGAAAAAGAUCAACUUCCUCGAAGAGUCUCUAGCAUAAUUCCUAAACCACAUGAGGACUUUGAUUCUUUAAUAAAGCUAGCAUCGUCCUUUGGGGCGUCUGGUGGAAGGCGAUUAACAAGUUCUUCGAGUGUCGUGCAGCAGAUCAGAAGUAGUCAGCAAAACAAACCAAAAUUUGUUUCUGCAUUUUGUCAGUCAAACUGUGGAGAUGUUAGCCCAAAUGUCCUUGGAGCGUUCUGCAUAGAUACCGGUCGCCCUUGUGAUUUCAAUCACAGCACAUGCAAUGGGAAGAAUGAGCUCUGCUAUGGACGUGGGCCAGGUUACCCGGAUGAGUUUGAAAGUACACGAAUCAUUGGCGAUAGGCAAUUCAACAAAGCUGUGGAUCUGUUUAACACAGCAACUGAACAAGUAGAAGGGAAGAUCGACUAUCGUCAUACUUAUUUAGACUUUUCACAGCUUGAAGUCACCCUUCCUUCAAAGCAGGUGGUCAAAACAUGCCCAGCUGCGAUGGGAUUUGCUUUUGCUGCAGGAACCACAGACGGUCCUGGAGCUUUCGAUUUCCAGCAAGGGGAUGAGAAGGGUAAUCCUUUUUGGAGGUUAGUGAGGAACUUGCUUAAAAAACCAGGUAAGGAACAAAUAGCUUGUCAACAGCCGAAGCCUAUUUUGCUUGAUACUGGUGAAAUGACAGAGCCGUAUGCUUGGGCGCCUUCAAUACUACCAAUUCAGAUUUUACGGAUUGGACAGGUGGUCAUACUUUGUGUGCCUGGAGAAUUUACAACAAUGGCUGGGAGGCGCCUGCGUAAUGCUGUGAAAACAGUAUUAACCAGUAGCAGCAGUGGUGAGUUUAAUGACAAUGUUCACGUUGUUAUUGCUGGGUUGUCGAACACGUACUCUCAGUAUGUGACCACUUUUGAAGAGUACCAAAUCCAAAGAUACGAGGGAGCUUCAACACUUUACGGACCCCACACUCACAGCGCGUACAUUCAAGAGUUCAAGAAGCUCGCUUCUGCCUUAGCUGGUCAACAUAGCGUUCCGUCCGGCCCGCAAGUCCCGGAUCUCUUGGACAAGCAAAUCGGCCUCUUACCCCCCGUCAUUAUGGACGCGACUCCCUUUGGGGUCAAAUUCGGCGAUGUCGGCGCCGAUGUCCCUGAGAACUCAACCUUCAAGAGGGGCGGAGUGGUCAACGCAACAUUCUGGUCGGCCUGCCCGAGGAAUGACCUUUUCACCGAGGGCACUUUCUCCCUCGUCGAGAUUUUCAAGAAAAGCAACAAAAAAUGGUUGCCUGCCUAUGACGACGACGAUUUCUGCCUGCGGUUCAAAUGGUCGAGGCCCAGGCAGCUCAGUUCCUACAGCCAUGCAACGAUCGAGUGGAGAAUCCCGGAGGAUGCCCCCUCGGGUGUCUACAGGUUGAGGCACUUUGGUGCUUCGAAGAGCCUGUUCGGUUCGAUCAGCCAUUUCACGGGCACCUCCCGUGCAUUCGUCGUGCUUUGAGUGUAUCCUCUCAUGUUUUCCGGCUUUUUAUCUUCGUGACAAUAUGGUGUGCCUUCGUAUUGUAUAUGCCUGCUCUUUCUUUCACCUAUGAUAUGUAUCUCGGUUUACAGUUUGCGCCAUCGAAUCAGUUGGUUUGGGUCGAUACAAAGAUUUGGUGAUGUAUAAUUUUGAAUGUGGAAGCAAUACCAAUGCAGCAGUAGAUAAACGCGUUCAUUAAUUUUUCA